GUUUAGCUUAUGCUUCUGGCUUGGCUGCUACUUUGAAUAUUACUCACCUGUUAAAGGCAGGGGAUACGAUUAUCUGCAUGGAUGAUGUCUAUGGAGGCACAAACAGAUACUUCAGGGAAGUAGCCAUGAAAACGGGUCUGAAUGUCGUCUUUGUUGACUGCACAAAACCAGAAUGCUUGGAAGCUGCGAUUACACCAAACACCAAGCUCGUUUGGAUCGAAACACCCACAAACCCCACGCUGAAGGUCAUUGACAUUCGGGCCUGUGCAGAUGUUGUACAUAAGCAUAAAGGUGUUCUUCUGGUGGUGGACAACACUUUUAUGUCUGCAUAUUUCCAGCGUCCUUUAUCUCUGGGGGCUGAUAUUUGUAUGUAUUCUGCCACCAAAUACAUGAAUGGGCACAGUGAUGUUGUCAUGGGACUUGUUUCAGUAAACUGUGAUCAACUCUAUGAAAGGCUCAAGUUCUUACAAAACUCUCUUGGAGCUGUCCCAUCUCCCUUUGACUGUUUCCUGUGCAAUCGGGGUCUGAAGACGCUACAAAUCCGGAUGAAACAACAUUUCCACAAUGCAUUAGCUGUUGCUCGAUUUCUUGAGUCACAUUCCCGGGUGGAGAAAGUCAUUUUCCCAGGCUUGCCUUCUCACCCUCAGCAUGAGUUGGUCAAGCGGCAGUGCACCGGCUGUCCUGGGAUGGUCACUUUUUACAUUAAAGGAAAUGUCGAACAUGCUGCUGCUUUCCUCAAGAAUUUAAAGGUUUUUUCGCUGGCUGAGAGUCUGGGAGGAUAUGAAAGCUUAGCAGAGCAUCCGUAA